AUGGAGUCGCUUAAGGUCCUGCUGGUUGCCAACAGGGGAGAAAUCGCCUGUCGACUCAUCAAAUCCGCGCAGAAACUGGGUAUCAAGACCAUCGCAAUAUAUUCCGAGUCCGACGGUGCUUCUCAGCAUGUCUUGCUGGCAGACAAGGCCUGUCUGCUCGCAGGCGAAGCACGUUCAGCAUAUAUCGAUGGCGACCAGAUCAUCAAACUUGCCCUCGAGAAUGGAGCUCAAGGUGUCAUCCCCGGGUAUGGGUUUCUCUCAGAGAACGCCGACUUCUGUCGCAGUGCAAAUGCAGCUGGAGUUGUGUUUGUGGGCCCUUCACCAGAAGCUAUCGAGGCUUUCGGUCUGAAGCACACAGCUCGCGACCUAGCAGUGAAAGCUGGAGUGCCGGUCGUGCCUGGCUCGAAAGGUCUCCUGGAGACCGAAGAUGCUGCAGUUGAGCAAACGGAGAGCAUAGGGUAUCCUGUUAUGCUCAAAGCGACCGCCGGUGGAGGCGGCAUGGGUCUCAUGGUUUGCAACACGGAGGACGACUUACGAAAGAACUUCCAGACCGUAAAAUCCAGAGGCGGUGCCCUGUUCAAAAAUUCAGGUGUCUUUCUCGAGCGCUACUACGCCGUUAGUCACCACAUCGAAGUCCAAAUUUUCGGCAAUGGGCUUGGAAAGGCCAUCAGCGUGGGCGAAAGAGAAUGCUCGAUUCAAAGACGCCAUCAAAAAGUGGUCGAGGAAUGCCCAAGUCCAUUCGUGACCCAGAUGUAUCCAGGCUUGAGAAAGACGCUCACGGAAUGCGCCGUCAGACUUGCUGAGAGCAUAAAUUACGCAUCGGCAGGGACGAUAGAGUAUCUUGUCGACCAUGAGACAGGCGAAUUUUUCUUCUUGGAGAUGAACACCCGUCUUCAAGUGGAACAUGGCAUCACGGAAUUGUGCUACAACAUUGACCUCGUGGAGCUGAUGCUGCGGCAAGCUGACGCGCAGCUCAGUGGAUAUGGUGGUCUUCCCAAUUCGGAGCUGGGAUCAUUACAAAAGCGGUUGCUCGAGCCAAAAGGUCAUGCGAUCGAGGUCAGGGUCUACGCUGAGAACCCGGUGCGGAACUAUGCUCCUAGCCCAGGACUCCUGCAAGAAGUUAAAUGGCACGAGCUACCAGGAACUCGCAUCGACACUUGGAUCAGAGCUGGACAGUCGAUAACCCCAGAGUAUGAUCCUUUGCUUGCGAAGGUGAUGCAGCAUGCAGGGACUCGCGAAGAGGCAAUUGCCGGGAUGGACACAGUUCUGUCCAACAGCACCAUCUGCGGUCCACCUGUCAAUCUUGACUUUCUACUCAGCAUUAUUCGUAGCCCUGACUUCCGAUCAGGCUUCACAUCAACCAAAUUUCUGACCACGCAUGUGUAUGCACCGGCAGCAAUUGAUGUCAUCUCAGGAGGUUCGUACACACUUGUCCAAGACUUUCCAGGACGGCCAACAGUUGGCCGUGGAUUUGGACACUGCGGACCCAUGGAUCCUAUUGCUUUCCAGUCUGCGAACAUUCUUGUGGGGAACAAGGUGGGCACCGAAGGCUUAGAGAUAACUCUUCGUGGCCCAGAGCUGCUUUUCCUAUCGGGAGCCGUGGUGGCUCUGUGUGGUCCUCAAGUGUCUGCUACUCUAGACGGGAAAGAAAUCCCUCUAUGGCAGAGACUCGAGAUUUUUGCCGGUCAAAAAUUAGCGAUCGGCGCCAUCGAAACCGGUUGCCGUGCGUAUUUGGCAGUAUAUGGCGGCUUCCCUAACGUUUCCACCUGGUGUGGCAGCAAAGCAACGUGUCCCAUGGUGCAGGUUGGUGGCUAUCAAGGUCGUGCCCUUCGUCCUGGAGAUCUGCUGCACAUUGUUAGUGAGUCGAAAUUACCAAAGUCGCCCACUACAGCGAUCCAGCCGGUUCCAGAAAAGGCCAGGCCACGGUAUUCUCACCAAUGGAUUAUCCAAGCCAUGCCUGGACCUUACGAGACAGGCUACAUCUCGAAGAAGGAUAUCGACAUGCUGUAUUCUCAUUCGUGGAAAAUCAGUCACAACGCUGCUCGAGGAGGUAUCAGACUGAUUGGGCCGAGACCCGAAUAUGCACGAAGCCACGGCGGAGAUGGCGGAGCUCAUCCGAGCAAUGUGAUUGAAUAUGGCUAUCCUAUCGGCGGUCUCAAUUGGACUGGCGAUGAACCCGUCAUCUUCCCUGUCGAUUGUCCAGAUUUUGGAGGUUUUAUCUGCAGCCUGACGGUGGUCACCAGUGACUGGUGGAAAGUUGGCCAGAUCCGAAUGGGAGACGAAAUCAGGUUCUGCCGCACUAGCUUGGAACGCGCACUGAGAUGCGCAAGGAUGAACUCUGCAUUCCUGGAGAACAUGAGCCAGUACGCGAAGUCAGGCUCUUGGGGCGAUGCACCUGGGUUCGACAACAGCGACCCAAUAUCUGAGGCGUACGUGAUAGGAGCAGACGUGAUAAAGGUGUUGGAGGAAACUGCAACGCGACCAAGGGUGACCUACCGGGCCGGCGGUGACAGCUUUCUUCUGGUCGACUACGGCUUUGGGAAGGCCGACCUCAACAUGAAGUGUCGUGCAACUGCAUUAAAGCGAGCCUUAGAGGCACGAGGCGGCUUAUGCUCCACGAAGACGAAAGGAGGCGCUAUUCUGAACAUGGUCGGGUGCGGCAAUUCGCUGUGCAUCUACUACGAAAGCCUGAGGCUGUCGAGAGACGAUCUCAUGACAGGACUGCUGGAAAUCGAAGAUGCUUUGGGCUCCAUGGCCGAAGCCAAAUUGCCCAACAGGACUUUCAAACUCCCAGCCGUCUUCAAGCAUAAGAAGCUCGAGGAUGCUAUCCAGAGGUACAUGGUGAAUCAACGGCCCUCUGCCAGUUACUUGCCGGACCCCUUGAAAUUCGUGGCUGAGAACAAUGGCAUGACAGUCGAUGAAUUGAAACAGCUGUUCUUGACUGUCGAGACUGUCGUGAUUGGGGUUGGCUUCUUUCUAGCUCUUCCGCAGACACUGCCUUCCGAUCCACGACAUCGGAUCAGUUGCCCAAAGAUGAAUCCCAGUCGCACUUUUACUCCGGAAGGCACAUUCUCAUGGGGCGGUACCGCGAUUGCAAUCUACGCCACCGACUCGCCUGGCGGCUAUAUGCCUACCGGUAUGACGAUUCCUGGGGUCGACAUCUUUGGCCACAAAGCAGGAUUCACCUCCGACCGACCAUGGUUGUUUGAGGAUAUGGAUGUGAUCACGUUUUAUGAAAUCACGACGGAGGAAUACGAUGCAAAGAUGCUGCAAUUCAAAGCGGGCACAUACCAGUUUGAGUAUACCGAAAGCUUCUUCGAUGUCGGCGCUCACAACAAGCUACUGGCGGAUACGAAGGAGGAAGUCAAGCUCUUGAACGCGAAGAGAGCUGACGCUCAGAGCCAUAUGAUGGUGUUAGAAAAAGAACUCCUUGCUCAAUGGGACCAGGAGAAGCAAGCUGGGGCUGUCUCGCUUGAUUCCGUCAAGUCUUUGCUCGAAGAUCCGAACGUGAUAGCAAUCGAGUCUCCAAUGCAAGCGAACGUUUGGAAAGUGAUUGCGGAAGAGGGUCAAUUGCUACAGGCAGAUCAGAAGAUCACGAUUCUCGAAGCCAUGAAAAUGGAGAUCGAUGUCGCUGUUCCGGAGAGACUGAUUGGUGCCACCCUUGACCGCAUACUAAUCAAGCCCGGCGACACUGUGGAGAGUGGACAAGCAGUUGCCAUUGCCAGACUAUCAGGCAAGGAUUAGCCUAGCCAGCAUUUUCAACCCAUGCUCAUGGACCAG